CGUUUAAGCUCCAUAGACCAACACAACUACCCCUUUAUUCGUUCGUUCGCCUCGCUAAACCUCCUCCGUCCCUCCCCUUAAACAGGCAAGCUUCCCCAAAAGAUCUUCUCACUUCUCCCAUCCCAUCCUCUCCCCUUCUCACACAUCCCGGCUUAUUUAGCCAACCCCCCAACCAAGACCCCAUCACGGUCCAACCACAACGAAAAUCGUACAAAUGGCUGAGUAUCCAAUUGACCAAACCUUGCAUAAUCAUAUCUCUCGUACCGUCCUAGCUUACCCACACUCACACACACACACUUUCUCUCUCUCUCUCUCCCCCCCUUCUCUCUCUCAAGCUCUGAAUUGUACCUCCUUAGCUAACUCCAAGACUUUCCUCCUGAGAAUCAUGACCGACCAUAAUCACUUCCUUCCUCCCUCCCUCUUUCUCCCUCCCUCUUUCUCCCCUCCCCUCAACUUAAUUGACCCCUUUCUUCGACUCUCCUUCCACUACGGGACCUGGAUAGCUAUCCAUCUAUUUACCUAUCUACCUCCUUCUUCCUCUUCGAGAGAAGAAAAACACACGUUAUUCACGCACGCUAUGUAUAUAUAUAUAUAUAUAUAUACAUACUCUUACCUACCUAUUCUCAUCCCAACACCAUCCCCCACCCAAUCCACGCUCCUUCCCAUCUUUUCCUUUCUUUCCUUUCUUCAACAACAAACAAACAAACAAGUCCACCACCCAACAAACCCCCCCCUCCCCCUCUCCCCCUCUUCCCCCCUUCCCCCUUUUUUUCUAAAAUACACAAGUAUACAUCCAGCCAUCCCUCACCCACAUAUCUACAUCACAUAUCCACAUAUUCACACCACAUCACCAGCUAGCUAGCUAGCUAAGUUAAAUUCGUGAGGAUAUACCAUCCAUCCAUCCAUCCACCCAUCCAUCCACCCACCCAUCCAUCAUCCAUCAUCAGUCUCCUCCUAUCCUAUCCUAUCCUAUCCUAUCCUAUCCUAUCUAUCUGAUCUAUCUAACUCGUACCUAAGCUUCGAUAUUUAUUUUAUUUUAUUUUACCUACCUACCUACCUACCUACCUUACCUUACCUACUAAUACAUAAAUUUAAAAUUUAAAAUUUUUUUUUUAAUCCGGGUUGUUACCUAUGAAUGGCUCGCUCGUUCGUUCGUUCUUCUUUUACCGAGUGAGCUGAACUGAACUGAGCUGAACUGAGCUGAGCUUAAGGCGGCUGGCUUGCUGGCUUGCUGGCUACUUUUGCACGGGCGAGGCGAGGCGAGGCGAGGAGCUGGAUGGAUGG